AAUGUCAACAGCGCUUUUCGAAUCCCUGCAGAGGGACUUUUGUCCUACUCUUGACUCGUCGCUAAUCGCCGCCCUGCUCGUCGAGAUCGAAUCGGACAACUACGGGAACGCGGUGACGCCCACGAAAGACCAGAUCGACUCCCUUCGCAGCACGCUCAACGAGCUUUCGUUACAAGCGGAUGAAGCCCAACAAUCCGAACUGUCAGAUGUUCAUUUCACCUCGCAGUUCGACGAGACCAUCUCCAGCUGGACCACGCCUGAUGCAGGGCCCAGUCGCUCCUCGGGAUCUUCAGAAUCGUCGUUACAGUCGUUCAAUACCCCGCUUGGAUAUCUGCAAGCCACGUUCCCUGAUAUACCCACAUCACAACUGAGGAAGGCCCUGCUCGAUGCCCAGAAGGAUGACAAGGAUAUGUGGCAUAUCGUCGAGGACCUGCUCUCCGAGGAACUCAUACGCGAGAAGGUGGAGAGAGGUUUAGAUGCGUUGGGCGACGAGGAAUCUUAUGAUUUCGACGAAAACGCGGUGGAGUGGGAGACUGUGGAGAAGAAGGUCCAUCUCAAGCCGUCGAAGAAGAACCAGCCGCGGCCCAGGAAGAUCACCGUAUCUGACGUUCGCCAACAGCACCACAUCCACAACCAACGUCACCAACGAAAUGGAUCGGUGUCUGCCACGGUAUCGUCAGGUCCAUCCGCCGACCCAUGGAUGCAAGUAACGUCACUCUCGAGCCAUCUCUCGAGCCUCCUCCCACCCCAACCACCAUCUACUUUCGCCUCUUUCUUUCAUUCGCCCAAACAUGCCACCUCCUAUGACGCCCUUCGUGCCUGCCUCUCAUCUCUUUGCAAAUCCACGGACGAAGACACGCACACCUCUGUUUUAUUCAAUCUCCUGGACAUCAUCCUCCCAGAGUACGACGACUGCGAUGCCGAGCUCCUCUCUCGUGUGACCUCCGAUGCUCAGCUCGCGGUAACAGUGACGGAUGGCGACGGUGACGCUGCCCUGGACGUCUUUUCUGUCCUACGCGACCUCGACUCGGACGCUGCCCUCGGGUUGACCCAUCUUCCUGUCCCUCAACACACCUCCACUCCCUUGAAGCAGAAAGGCACAUCAGCCUGGAAACGUCCCUUACAUCCGCCCGACAUACCCCCACCUCCAGCAAAGCAUAGACAAAAGCCACCACCACCAACCAGCACGCCUAACAAGCCCUGCCCAUACCAGUGGCAGGCCGUCCCACAACGGACGAAAGUCCCUCGUGGCCCGCACCCGCUCGCGCACCACUUACCGGCCUAUUCGAGGGACGUCAACGGGAUGAAGACCAACCGGCACUCUCGGUCGCGGUCGUACUCGCACUCGGGGUCGUUAUCGGGCGAUGGGGGGUUCAAGCAGCGAAUGAGUGUGGCCAUGGCGAAGCGUGAUCAGGCGUUGAAAGAUGCGACGCGGAUGUGGCAGAAGGGGAACGCGAAGAAUCGGGGUGGUGAAGUUGCGGUGUAUUAUGCUGAGAGGGCAAGAGAGCUGGAGCAAGUUGCAAGAGAGGAGAUGCUGAGCGUUGCACGCGAGCUCGUGCUUUCGAAGAGGAGGACCCACGGUAACCAAGACACAAUCGACCUACAUGGGACGACUGUCUCAGAGGCGAUCACCAUCGCCAAAGAGAUCCUGAACGACCGGGCGUCAACCAUCUCGCAGGCCAAACCGAUGAAGAUUAUCACCGGCCGCGGGGCGCACUCUGCCGGCCAAGUCAGCGUCUUAAAGCCUGCUGUGCGCAAGGCUCUCGAAGAGGACGGUUGGGUCGUCGGUACUUGGGAUGCUGGGCUGGUCGUUCGUUCGCGGCGGACGUG